AUGGGCGAAACCUCAGUCCGCGACGCACUUGUGGCAUUUGCCGCGGAGCGUGAUUGGGAGCAAUUCCACACUCCGGAGAACCUCGCGAAAAGUAUAUCGAUCGAAGCGGCAGAACCUGCCGUUGCCACGUGGAGGUCGCAAGAUGAGAAACAUGGGAACUGGCCUGUGGUGUAUGUGUUAGAUAAUUAUGGCUACCCAGGCGGGAGAAAUUCAAACAGUGUACUGAGGGACAUCUACGUCGGAGAAUCGCUCAACGCUGUCAGUCGAUUACGACAACACCUCGAAACACCAGCUAAACAACACCUGAAAAAUGCUAGAGUCAUCCUGCAUGAGAAAUACAACAAGUCAGUCUGUCUAGAUCUGGAAUCCUAUCUCAUCAGGAUGAUGGCCGGUGACGGCGCCAAUCAAGUACUUAAUCGGAACAACGGCAUUAUCGACGCGCAAUACUACCAGAGAGAAGCAUAUCGCGCAGGAUUUCGCGCUGUCUUCGAACAACUCAAAUCUGACGGAGUGUUUACUCGAAGUAUUCCAGAAAUCGAGAACAGCAGUCUCUUCAAGCUUUCUCCUUAUAAAGCGCUUACGGAAGAUCAAGCGGAUUCCGUCGAAGAGAUUCUUACCAGGUUCUUUGUCGAUCUCUCGACGGGCGGGAGAAGCAAGAUCGUAAUACAAGGCGACCCAGGUACCGGCAAGACGGUCGUGGCUAUAUACUUGAUCAAACUCCUUGUCGAUAUUGCAGCGCUCAACUCACUUGAUGAUCUUGACAGCGACUCACGGUUCUUUGAAUUUUUCACUGCAGCUAAUCAGCGUCUCCUCCAAGAUUGCAGAAUUGGGCUGGUUGUUCCGCAGCAGUCACUACGCGGUACAAUCAAAGAUGUUUUCCGAAAGACGCGCGGGCUCCAUCCAGACAUGGUCAUGACACCUUUCCAAGUAGGAGAAGCAGACGGCAUUUUCGACUUGCUAAUAGUCGACGAGACCCACCGACUCAAUCAGCGCGCUAAUCAACCAUCGGGGGUACUUAACGGGAAGUUUACAACCAUUACAAGGGAGCUUUUUGGCAGCGACGAUUUCAGUAAGACGCAGCUUGACUGGAUCACGGCGAAGAGCAGGCAGCAGAUCUUCCUUCUAGAUGCAAUGCAGAGCGUUCGACCAGCCGAUCUUCCACAAGAGCUGCUCUCGGGUCUCGUUUCCGAUACGCGUGCAACGGGCCAGCAUUUCCAGCUCCGCACUCAGAUGCGCGUACAAGCGGGUUCGGAUUUUGUGUCUUACAUUCGAUGGAUCUUUGAUUUUAACCCCCUCUCGGUCCCGCGAGCACGAUUGAGUCUCGGAGAAUACGAUUUCCGCGCCUUCGACACUGUUGAAGAAAUGCGUGAUGAAAUUUUCCAACGGAAUGCUGAAGCUGGACUUUCCCGCAUGGUUGCAGGCUAUGCUUGGGAGUGGAAGACGCAAAAGGACAAGACGGCGUUCGAUAUUGAGAUCGGUGACACGAGACUUCGCUGGAACAGUACGCCAACAGAUUGGGUAUCGUCCGACAAUGCGCUGCAGGAAGUAGGGUCAGUGCACACGGUGCAGGGCUAUGAUUUGAACUAUGUUGGCGUCAUAAUCGGGCUGGACUUGCGCUUCGAUCCGGCCCGAAGGCGGCUUUAUGUCGAUCGCGAUUCGUACUUUGACAAAAAGGGCAAAGAGAAUAAUCGCGCGCUCGGUAGGAAGUACUCCGAUGCCGACUUGCUGCGAUUCAUAACUCAGAUUUAUGCUGUGCUUUUGACACGAGGCAUUCGCGGUACAUAUGUGUAUGCAUGCGAUCCCGGCUUACGAGCAUACCUCUCCGACUUCAUUCCAUCAAGUUCGGGAAAUCCUGUCAACUCGGCUCUUAACCCCGACAGCCACCUGAUUAUCUAA